AUGGUCCCAAAUGAAGUUGGAACCAAGUAUAACAGUCCCCCUCUAGAUGAGAAGGACAGUUGUGGACAGAAUUCAAGGAAAAGGAAAGAAAAGAAUAGACUUUACACCUGGAUAAAAAAUUUCACAACAAGAAAGACGUGUGCACCUGUGGAAUCUUUUAAAGAAAAAUGGACCAGAUUUGCAGAUGCAAAUCCAUCUGUGGUGAUGCAGUACGUCAUAAGUAGGCCCAGGGUAAUAGAACAACUGCAAUGCAUUUUGGACUCUGAUUCAGAGAAAGAGUUAGAAAUAGACAGAGAAGAAGAUAGAAAUACUCAGAUGGAAGGUGUAGAGGCAGAAGAAGAUUUUGAGAGGGAACAGUUCAUCGAUUCAGAAGAGAAUAUUAUCAAUGAAGAAGAGGAUCUACCAACAAUGGAAACUCCAAUUUCCUAUCCAAAAAGGAAAAGAAUUCCUAGAAAAAUAUAUACUCCAAGCAGCAGUAAAGUAGCUGAAAAGCAAGAAAACAAGAAAAGUUUGUCUUAGGUACAAAGAAUGUUGCAGAUGAGGCGAACUUUGUAAUCAUGGAUUACCCUAUGUUUUAGCAAGGCACAUUCACUGAUCAUACAAGGUUAGUGCCCUGAGGGGCAUUUCUAGAAUUAUACAGGCCCUGGAGAUAGUUUUUGAUUUGAAGGAGAAUUCAAUUUGUGUUUCUUUGGACAUCUAUAACAGCAUCCUGUUACAAUUAUAUCUUCUUAGGUUUUGCUCUUUUGAUAUAAAUUACAUGAGUUAAAAAGUAGUCUUAGAUUUAGAGUGCACUUAUUGGCAGUUAUAUGCAUGUAUUACUUUUGCUUAUAUAAAGAGGUUUAUAGCAUUGUAUAUGAAAAUCUCUGUUAAUAUCGACCUACAGGGGAUGCAUGAUGCCUUGAUUUAUAAAGGUGAAUCUAAAUUUAUAAAGGUUUGUUGUUAUCUUGAAUUGUGUCACAUUUUCUUGUUUAGGGGCUUUUUACAGCUUACUUUAUGUUGUGGAUUCUUGUCCAUUGUUGAAAGCCGUACGGUAACCUGUAGAUAAAUUUUUAUUUGUACUUGGAACCUUUCCAGAUGACUGUCUCAUUGACAAUCAUACCACAUCCUCUAUUCUUAUAACUAACUUGAUAAGAAAAUAUAAAGUGCAUCUUGAAAAAAAGCCAUGGGAUAAAUAUCAAAAAGGGAUGUAGCUAGUCUAUAUUGUUAUUGAUAUGCUUGUAUUAUACGCCUUAAAUCAUACUUUUCCUAUAGAAUAUUCAAAAUCUGCACUUCAAACUAAUGAAUUACACUAUACAAAGGAUGUAUACGACAAAAGUUUAAUCACAUUAUCAGCUGAAGUUCUGUUCACCCAUAAAACAUGGACAGUUGAAGAUUUGGAAAUUUUCUGAAAAUACUGUGUAAAAUUAAUAUAAUAGUUAAUACUUGUUUCAUAUGACAUUUUACUUGCUUGUUUGUUGUGUAUAAGGUAUUGUUUUUUAUUUCUUUGGUCAACUCACCUUUUUGUAUAUUAUUUUAUGUAUAUAAUUUUGUUUUGAGGACUCCCAAUAGAUUAGCUAAAUUGUAUGGGGUAAUCCUCAGUUGGUAGAGUAUUUUGUCUUGCUUCUACAGUUUUCAGGCAUCAAAUUUUUAUUGUAUUUAUGUUCAUAUAUAUAUGUAAAUACUUGCAUGUCCUAAUGCUUAACUGGCAGGUCGAAACUUUCCUGGUUCAGUUUAAAUUAAACUUAGAAUUAUUUAUUUUUAUUUGUUGUCAAAUAUUAAAU